AUGUCUGACGAGGAAACAAAACCUUCAAGUGAGGUCUUCGAGACUAAGAAGGAAAAAAUUAUUAAAGUCAAAGUGAUUGCACAGGAUGGAAAUGAGAUACACUUCAAAGUGAAAAUGACAACGCAACUCAAGAAACUCAAAGAAACCUAUUGUCAAAGACAGGGCGUCCCAUCGAAUUCACUGAAGUUUCUCUUUGAAGGCCAGAAGAUUGCUGAUAACCACACCCCAGAAGAACUGGAGAUGGAGGAGGACGACGUGAUCGAAGUUUAUCAGGAACAAAUGGGGGGUUAUUCAGUGGUUUAG